AUGCUUAAAAUCCUCAAAAAACCCCAAAAAAUCCCAAAAAACCCCAAAAACAUCCCAUUUGACUUACCCAUCGGCCGUUCCCCGACUCCAACCACCGGGACGGCGGCGGUGGAGGGAGCCGGGGCCAUCGUCUUGGAGACGGAGUCGCGGUUCGCUGAUGAAGACAUCGUUAGAUCGCAGGACGCUGAUACCAGGAUAAAAGAAUCUACCGGUGAAUGA